AUGCCAUGUUAUGCAAAAUUUUUAAAAGAGAUAUUGACGAAGAAGAAGAAGUCUGAAGCCUAUGAAACAGUGGCUCUGACUGAGGAUUGCAGUGCACUAAUCCAAAAUAAGCUACCUCCCAAACUUAAGGACCUUAGAAGUUUCUCCAUUCCUUGUGAGGUUGGAGCUAUGAAUAUCAAUAAGGCGCUCUGUGAUCUUGGAGCCAAUGUUAAUUUGAUGUUGCAUUUUGUCUUCAACAAGAUGGAUGUAGGGGAACUCAAGCCAACUCAAGUGAUCUUACAACUAGCAGACAGGUCCAUUAAGUAUGCCACUGGGAUAGUAGAAGAUGUACCAGUGGAGGUUGGAAAAUUCUACAUUUAA